UGCAAGACUGUCCCGGCCCGGAUAUGGCUCGUGGACAGCAGAAGAUUCAGUCUCAGCAGAAAAAUGCCAAAAAGCAAGCUGGACAAAAGAAGAAACAAGGACAUGACCAAAAGGCUGCUGCCAAAGCUGCCUUAAUAUAUACCUGCACUAUCUGUAAGACACAAAUGCCAGACCCUAAGACCUUCAAGCAGUACUUUGAGAGCAAGCAUCCUAAGACUCCACUUCCUCCAGAAUUAGUUGAUAUUCAGGCAUAA